UCAACGGAACAGGAAAAGUCAUCAUCAGAUGAGAAAUACUCAGAAGGUUCUCAGAAAAGUACUGAUAUAAAUCCAGCUCAAGAGGAACCUGUGAAAUCAAGGGAACAGGAAAAGUCAUCAACAGAUGAGGAAUUCUCAGAAGGUUCUCACAAUUGUACUGAUAUAAAUCCAGCUCAAGAGGAACCUGUGAAAUCAAGGGAACAGGGAAAGUCAUCAUCAGAUGAAGAAUUCUCAGAAGGUUCUCCCAAUAGUACUGAUAUAAAUCCAGCUCAAGAGGAACCUGUGAAAUCAGCGGAACAAGGACAGUCAUCAUCAGAUGAGGAAUACUCAGAAGGUUCUCACAAUAGUACUGAUAUGAAUCCAGCUCGAGUGGAACCUGUGAAAUCAACGGAACAGGAAAAGUCGUCAUCAGAUGAGAAAUACUCAGAAGGUUCUCAGAAAAGUACUGAUAUAAAUCCAGCUCAAGAGGAACCUUUGAAAUCAACGGAACAGGAAAAGUCAUCAUCAGAUGAGGAAUUCUCAGAAGGUUCUCACAAUAGUACUGAUAUAAAUCCAGCUCAAGAGGAACCUGUGCAAUCAAGGGAACAGGAGAAGUCAUCAUCAGAUGAGGAAUUCUCAGAAGGUUCUCACAAUAGUACUGAUGUAAAUCCAGCUCAAGAGGAACCUGUGAAAUCAGCAGAACAAGGAAAGUCAUCAUCAGAUGAGGAAUACUCAGAAGGUUCUCACAAUAGUAAUGAUAUAAAUCCAGCUCAAGAUGAACCUGUGAAAUCAACGGAACAGGAAAAGUCAUCAACAGAUGAGGAAUUCUCAGAAGGUUCUCACUAUAGUACUGAUAUAAAUCCAGCUCAAGAGGAACCUGUGAAAUCAACGGAAGAAGGAAAGUCAUCAACAGAUGAUAAUUCAGCAAUAAAUCCUGCUCAAAAGGAACCUGUGAAAUCAACGGAACAGCAAAAGUCAUCAUCAGUUGAGGAAUUCUCAGAAGCUUCUCACAAUGGUACUGAUACAAGUCCAGCUCAAGAGGAACCUGUGAAAUCAGCGGAACAAGGACAGUCAUCAUCAGAUGAGGAAUACUCAGAAGGUUCUCACAAUAGUACUGAUAUAAAUCCAGAUCGAGUGGAACCUGUGAAAUCAACGGAACAGGAAAAGUCGUCAUCAGAUGAGAAAUACUCAGAAGGUUCUCAGAAAAGUACUGAUAUAAAUCCAGCUCAAGAGGAACCUGUGAAAUCAACGGAACAGGAAAAGUCAUCAACAGAUGAGGAAUUCUCAGAAGGUUCUCACAAUUGUACUGAUAUAAAUCCAGCUCAAGAGGAACCUGUGAAAUCAACGGAACAGCAAAAGUCAUCAUCAGAUGAGGAAUUCUCAGAAGGUUCUCAGAAAAGUAAUGAUAUAAAUCCAGCUCGAGAGGAACCUGUGAAAUCAACGGAACAAGGAAAGUCAUCAUCAGAUGAGGAAUUCUCAGAAGGUUCUCACAAUAGUACUGAUAUAAAUCCAGCUCAAGAGGAACCUGUGAAAUCAACGGAACACGGAAAGUCAUCAACAGAUGAGAAUUCAGCAAUAAAUCCAGCUCAAAAGGAACCUGUGAAAUCAACGGAACAAGGUGAAAUAGAGGAGGGAGCGCUCCAGUGAGGUGGAUUAUUAAGAAUACAAGUCUAUAGUAGACGACCUUCAUCAUAAGAAUGUCAAGAUUAAACUCGUCCAUAAUGAAGCAAUUAAAAUAUUGCUAAUCAUGACUUCUAUAUCAAAUGACAUAAACUGAAAGUAUAAAAUGAAAAUGAAAUUAUUGUGGGCUUUUCAUGUACACUAAUUCAUAUCAGUGAUCUACAAUAGAGUCAUUUUGAAGAUCAGUGGUCCUGUCAUAUUUAUAUUUCUUUAUACCAUUGUUUUAGUUUAUGUUUAUGUAUUUUUUAAAUUACAUUUCUCUGACAUUUAAUAUACAGAAUGUGUAUUUAAAUUUGUUUUUGUAAGUUCUGUGUCUGUCUCUUGAGAAACAUGUCUCUGUAUAUAAGACUCUUUGACUGAAGUAAGAGAUAUUGAUGAAUCUGUUCUCUCACACCGGCCCAGACUAAUCUUUACUAGUGUUAGAAUUUAUGAAGCAUAUUAUGUGCUUUCAGUCACUAGUUUAGAUUGUCUAUCUAAUGCUUUUUGUUUAGUGAUUUUAAUCUUCUCUUGUAUUUUAUUGUAUUGUAGUAUGUUAGCAUAUUGUAACUAUACAAAUAAAAAACUUGAUCAUUUUAUUUUGUCAGUAUAAUUGGAGAUACAGCAGUAGAUGCCAAGAUUUUCCAGCUUAAAGUUGUUGAAACUGAAAAAGUCACAUCUGCAGUUCUUCAAGCUCACCGUUAGAGGUCAACACACUAUCACACUGUGAAGUACAAGCAGCAGUUUCAGCAGGUCACUAUAGUGUCCAAACCAUAGACUGUGGCUGUAUCCGAAAUCGCCCCCUUUAAGCCUGGUUUAUACUCGACGCGUCCGCAAGUUCGCUUGGGUGCGCGCGCCAAAUAUGACUUUAUCGCGGUGUUAGCAGAAGUUCGCUUUGGGUGAGCGCGACCUCAUUUCGCGUGGCGUUGUGCACGACAUUUUUUGAGACUCGAGCGAACAGUUCGCGCGGCGCCUCA